AUGAACUGGGUCCUCCUGAUGGCAGUUUUUGUGGCGGCCGUUUGUGCCUAUGUUCCGAUGCCAGAUCAAGGGAAUGAUUGGAGAGUCGUGAAACGAGCUGUCGAUCUUUCCGAAUAUCCGGGUCUUCAAGUCAAACGAGGACGUGAACUUUUCGGAAAAAGAAGCAAACUGAUCGUCGAGAAGAAAAAAGCACGAGAACUUUUUGGUAAACGAUCGGAUACCUCAUUGGAGGAGAUGCCGAGUGAGGAGUUGGAGAUCGAGCUCUUGAAUCAAUUGGACUCUCCAUUGGGUCGUUUCCGACGUGCACGAACUUCAGAGCUUUUCGGGAAGAGAAGG